UAAAAGAAGUGAGCGGCAGCUUUCUGCAGCAUUUUACAAGUUGGUGAAUCAGAUUUACUCCUGUUGUAUCAGCAUCAGGCAUUGAAAAUUCUUAAAGUUCCAAGUGUUUUUCAGUUUUGAAAUUGUGUUUAAAGAUGCCCCGUCCUUUGUUUCAAAGAAAUGGUUGCUGGGAUCCUCUACAGGAAAAGACACAAAACCUUUUCGACCAAAACACUGAUCUCCCCUGUUUCCUCGAACCAGAUGAGGUUAGCUGGAUAGAAUCAGCAAGGAAAAGAUUGGGGACUUCAACCUGGCCAGGGUCUAUGCGUUUACCUCUCUUCAGCUCUUUGUGCAUGGAGAUUCCACCUAAAUCAUGUACUGGAUCAGAGGGACGUGUUUCUGAAACUGUCCGUGAACAAAUAAAAGGACAGCAAAACUGGAAAGUCUGUCUAGAUGUCAGUCCAUUUUCUCCAGAGGAGAUAAACAUCAAAACCAAGGAUGGAUAUUUGGAGAUAACAGGUAAUCAUGAAGAAAGGCAGGAAAAUCACAGGUUGAUCUCAAGAAGCUUUACAAGAAAAUACAAGCUUCCAGCUGACUUAGACCUAAAACAGAUCAACUCCAUACUGUCUCCAGAUGGUAUUCUCUCAGUUGAGGCCCCAUUACCUGGCUCUAAUAUCAGUCUACCUGGAGAGAUUGUCAUCCCUAUUCACAUGAUGGACAAACAGUUACCUGCAAAAUCAGACGAGCUGUGCCUAACUGGUAACAAGUAACUUGCAGUUCUAGUUAAGGGUUAGGCAUAGCCCAUCUGAUUUAAUAUGUAUGUGUACACGUGUUGAAAGUAAUGAAUGUGUUAACCUUUUGUUUUUGAUAGCUAAUAUUAGAAGGAUUUGUAAAUACUGGCUUUGCAUGAAAAUAUUUAUCUUGUUAUGAAUUAUUGCCAAACAUUACUAGAGACAGUAAUAUGCUAAAUUGAUGAGUUCUGCUGUUACUUUGGUUUAAAUACCAUUAUGCAAUACAUAAUUUGUGUAACCAGUAAGUAGAGAGAUUUGAUUUUCCAGUUCACUCAUUCUCAGGCUAGUAUUAAAAAAAAAAGAAGAAGAAGUAAAGGGCUUCAUACUCGUGUCAUAUAAUGCUAGGACAAUCCUUCAGAUAUUGAGAGACUAUUUCAGUACAUCUGUUUUGAGAAUGGUGGAAAUAAUAUAACAAUAAAGUAAUGUAAAUAUAA